AUGGAAGAUUCCCAUUUCAACUCAUCAUACUUUUGGUCUCCCGUUCCCACAGUACAAGGACAGGUAGAAACCUUAUUACUGGACCUUAUCUUGAAAUGUACAUGGUGGUGUCGCAAAUAAAGACAUAAUACAUGUUAGGUAGCACUAUCAAAUAAUGAGCUUGCACCUUUUGGUGAGGAUGGCAAAACAUCAAAUUCACUGUAAUUUAUGUGUAAGUAACAAAACAACGAGCCUCCCCAAAUGAUCACUUCUGCCCCCCCCUCUCUUCCACUUCCCUUUUCAACCUCUACCACCUCUACUCAUUUCCUUUUGGCAUCUCAACCAUUCUUUCUAUUGCCUGUCUUUCUCUUUUCCACCCGUCCUUUCCUAUCCACCUCCCCCCUCCACUAUAGAUUGAAAACGCCAUGUUCCUGAACAAGAUGAAGGAGCAGUUGGGUCCGGACAAUAAGGGUUCUCCGUCGUUCCCUCACUCCUCGCACUAUCCCACCGCUGUGCUCACCAUGGACACGGGAGGCCGGGUGGUGCCCAAACAGGAAGGUGGAGGCGGUGGCGUCCAAUUGAACGCCGUAGGCGGUCACCUGCACCAGCCGCACACCUCACAGAAUAUCACGGUGGUGCCUGUCCAGUCCACCGGCAUCAUGACGGCAGGUAAGUAAACAAGACACACUGCCAGUGUCCGUUUGUCUGGCUAUCCUCUGUGGUUGUUCUAUGUGUGUCUCCUCCCUGUUUCUGUCUGGCUUAAUCAUGUUAUAGUGAUGUCUCUCAAACGUUCUCACUAUUUCAUUGUGUGUGUAGUGUGUAAUGUGUGCCUCAGCUCUCUCUGGGAGGGGUGUGGUGCAGUCAGGUCACCGUCUCUCUCUCCCUCUCAGCGGGGCUAGUGAUAACCACUCCCCAAGGCACCCUGGUUUCUCAACCCACCUCCACACAAUCUUUCGUGCCCGGACCCCCUGCCAACACCAUGAUAGUGUCCGCACUGCACCCCACAAACACAGGUAAAACCUCCACCCCAUUCCCCCGUUCCCCAAAACCUGUUACCCCCCCACUGUGAUAGGUUGUGUGCCUGAGUGGCUUGCAAACCUGUCCUUGCUUAUCAACAAGCAAAGCAGACUCACUUUCACACACUCACAUACAGACAUACAUUCAUUUGAGCAUUUAUUUUUUAUUUUAUUUAAUCCCAUAGUUGAUAUGGGCUGACCCAGCAAGGGUGGCACCACCUUCUAGUCUUUUUUUAUCACAAACUUCCAUCCUCAACACUCACAGACAUGCAUUACACACACACAAACACACGGUAACACACACAUUGCUGCUUGAGCUAACCCUGGCAACGCGCUGCCAGCAGCCAACCACUAACCCUUGACCGGAUCCAACUCCCCCACCCUCUGCGGUGAGAGAGCGAGGGAGCGAGCCAGGUAGUGAGCUCCGUGUGUUGAGUGUGUUCUCCUCUUCUCUCGGUUUCUGUCAGAGAGCAGCCAGCACUCCUCUCUCUACUUCUACAGCCACAGUGAGUACCCACCUCCGUCUCCCCUCCACCCUGCCUCACCUAGUCCCCUACUUCCUCCCCAUAUGCCAUCAUCCAUCCCUACUGCUUAGCAGCAACGCCCUGCAGCCUUAGCCCAUGGCCAGUCCUGUGGUUGUGUUUACUUGCACUCUGAACUGUUUGAAGCCUGGUUUGGAUGUGCAGUUGAGUUGCUUUUUAAAUUACUUGUCUGUGCGGAGAUACUGUAAGGCAGAGGUUCCCAAACCUUUUUAGCCCGCGACCCUAUUUUGAUCUAAAUUGUUUUAUUUAUCAACGGCCAAUGUUUACUUUUUUAAUUGGGGCUAUGACAGUCUAUAACAAAUCAGUCUGACAGUACUUUUGACAGUAUUUCAAUCUGAAGGAAGUAUCGUUUGAAAUGACUGAAAUGCAUCCGAAAGGUAUUGGGAAGUUCAGAAGAUCAUCAAGCAAUAAUUUUGUAUGAUUUUCUGUGUAGAAUUGAUGAUGUUUUUUCCCCCCAGUCUGAUUUAGAGCCUGGUCCCGUCCUCUCUACUCUAAUGAGUCCUGCGUGGCUUGUGGGCAUUAUAAAGGGAAACAUAACACACACAUCCACACAUGUGGAGUCUUAUCUUUCAGUGAUGGGGUCAUAAUAUGUUGUAGCUUAAACCAUUCAAAAGAUAAAGCCACAUUUGUAGGAAGAAAACAGAAACCACUCUGUUUAAUACAACCGCAUCUAGCGGCUACCAGAGGUUAGCACGACCCCAUGUUCAAAUCAGGCGACCCCACCGCAACCCCUAGUUUGGGAAACGCUGCUGUAAGCCCUGUUAUAAGCUGCAAAGAAAAUGUCUUUAAAUGUGCAGGAUGCUUGGAUGUAGUGUUUUACUGAAGACUUUAUUUAGAUUUAAGCUCACACUAUAAAUAGCACAACAUAUUAUGAAGAUGAUCAAAUCUGUGACCUAUUGAUGGUUCAAUAGAGUUAUAUUGACUGCAAAAACCCAAUCUGAAAGUCAAAGAAUAUGAUCUGAUGCACCCCCACUAAUGGUCCAAGGAAGUGAUCUGGAGGACCAAGGGAGUGAUCUGGAAUAUGCCGCUGUUCUCUGGUGGUGCAAUUUCAUCCAUGAAUGUGAUCAUCCAAAAGUUGAUGAAAAUCAUUGUCUUAACUUCCAAAACAUACAAACGACAGUAUCUGGCCCAUUCUAAAAAGCGAAAUCAUUUUUUUUUUUAGUUAUGUAGCUGUGCAACACUGUCCAAUUAGGCAGUUGAGUGUAACCAAUUAUUUUUGCAGCGAUGAAGUCUGUCAGGUGUUCCAGUAUAUGGGUGAAGAUAUUAAAAUGCCUUUGUGUUAUGGGGUGAUGUAGCACUCACACGUUGUUCCUUUCACCAUUGCAUACCAGGAGACACCGCUUUGGAUGAUACUCACCAAGCAGAGAGGCCCAUGGGAUAGGUUGUGUGGUUUUUGGUCUGUUUUAAUCAGAGCCUUAUUCUUCUCCUCCGUUCUCUCCCCUUCCCUCCAUCCCUUGUUUAUGUCCCUGUUUCAGACAAGAAAGAGGAUUUGGUCAUCCCUGCUGUUGUCAUGCCAACGCCUGGGAAGCGGGGCAGGAAGAAGAAGUCGAUGAUGCCGAGGGCUGGCGCCAACCUCCCCCCAGGAAGUGAUGCGUUGAUUCUGGCACACCUGGCUGCUGGGGGGCAGGUGAUUGAGAUAUUAAGUGAUGUCACAUAAGAGCUAACAUGCUGACUACCCGGGCAUGCGCGUGCGUCCGCGUGCCGCAUCGCGUACAUGUUGAUUUUGUCCAUCCACACCAGACGCGGUCAGGACACGCAGGUUGAAGUAUCAAAACUAAUUUGAGGACAGGUCGAAACACAAAUGAAACAUUCAUGGACAUUUAGCUAGCUAGCUUGCUGUUGCUGCUAUUUUGUCCUGGGAUAUAAACAUUAGGUUGUUAUUUUACCUGAAAUGUACAAGGUCCUUUUUGUUGCUGGAUCUUUGUAGAAUUUUGACCCAUGUUGAGUGACACAAAAUCAUGUGUUCUCUACUCCAACAAUCAAUCCACAGAUAAAAGGGGAAACCUAGUUAGUUUCUAGUAAUUUCUCCUUGUUCAGUCUUCUUCUGUGGAUUUUAUAUGGCUGUUGGCAACCAACUUUAAGGUGCAUUACUACAACCGACUGGACUGGAGUGUGGACCUCGUUCAUCUUUCAAUCACCCAUGUGGAUAUAUGCCCCUAAAAAUGGGAGAGGCGGGACUUGCGGCACGUCAAGCCUCUAAAAUAGAAGCAAGUUCUAUUUUAGCGCCUGGCUACGCAGACGAUCGUUGACGCGCGCGAGCAGUUUGGAUGAAAUAAUUGAAUAACAUGCAUGUGUACAUUUAUUUUGCAACGCUCGCGCCCGCAACGCGGCCAGUGUGGUCAGCAUGUAAGCCUCUACAGAAGUUAUCUUCUGUAUUACGUUGUGGUUAGAACACUGCAUCUCCCCAUUCAAUCCAAUCCAUAAUGAUAAAAUGUGUUAAGGCUACAUAUUGUAGUGUCAUUACUUCAGGAUUAGUGAAGCAAAGUGUUGAUUAUAAAAAAAAACAACAUUGUUUUGUGUUUGUUUAUAGCACCACAAUGCCGACCAUUAUGACUUAUCAAAUGAUGAGGAUGAGCAUGGGAACAAAGAUGGCACCAAAUCAUACAGGUAGAUUACAGGCUUUGUGCUUACAUACUUUUUACUCCUUAACUCUCACCAUUUGCUACGCAAGUUAACCCUGUAUUUUAUUCCCCAUUCAACAUAUCCUCAUCUCUAAACAGCAUAUCUCUGUUUCUCUCCAUUUCCACCAUUUACCAUUCUCUCUUACCCAUCCUCCAGGUGCCGGAUGUGUGCGGUGACGUUCUUCAGCAAGUCGGACAUGCAGAUCCAUGCCAAGUCUCACACGGAGGCCAAGCCGCACAAGUGUCCCCACUGCUCCAAAUCGUUCGCCAACUCCAGCUACCUGUCCCAGCAUAUCCGCAUCCACAGCGGGGCCAAGCCCUACACCUGCUCCUUCUGCCAGAAAACAUUCAGGCAGCUCAGUCACUUACAGCAGCACACACGGUACUGCUGCCUCCCCGGCGUGUGUGUGUGUGUGUGUGUGUGUGUGUGUGUGUGUGUGUGUGUGGUGGUUGAUUUAAGGGAAUAGGUGACUGCAGAAUAUAGAUUGUCACUAGAAUGGAGGAUUGGUAGUAAAGACAGUCACUAUCACUACAAAUUCAGUGCUAGUGAUACCAAUGUACUUUUCUACAUUUGGCUUUGAAUUUGACCAUUACAAUAUGAGUAACCACUCUGCAUUAGAUACAUAGGGUUUUAUUUUGACAAACCAAAUGAGACAGUAUUACUCCCAAUAAUACUGAUUUCAAAAACUCUUAUUGUACUACAUCUAUGACCGCAGGUUUAGAAUAAACAAACCCAAUAUUUAUAUUUCUGGUGACGUGUGACAAAGCAGCACCGCCUUUUUUUCUCUGUCGAAAUGUCACAGCUAGUGACCCUUUUUAUAAGGAGAGUGGGUGCUGUUUGAAAUGUUUUUUUGUUGCCAAGUGUAUCUGCGUUGUUUACUGUCUUGGCGGCUAUGGUUUUUUUGUAUGGUUUGCAGAUUUCUUUGGGAAUUCAAGAUGCUUAUGUUAUUGAUAAACAGAAUCUGAGUACCGUAUUUUCCGCACUAUAAGGCGCACCGGAGUAUAAGCCGCAGCAGCUAAAUUGAAUGAUAUUGAAUGAUGUGUACAUAUAUAAGCCGCACUGGACUAUAAGCCGCAGGUGUUUUAAUGUUUAAUUACCAUAUGUAAGGGUUCGUGCACAGAGGGGAUUGUCGGGAAAGAGACAAACUGUCUCGCUCUCGUAAUGUCUGUCUGUCUUGCUCUCGUACCACUCUCGGUUCCACUUUUACUUUUGCGCGCUACCUGUCUCACUCUUUUCCGGCCUCCAGCUUUUCCUGCUGGAGCCCGCCGCUUAAAGGUGGGGGGCGCGGACCGGUCAUAGAGCCCAUAGAGUUAAAGUUGGUGGACUGUAACCUGUAAAAUCCAUAGAUUUAGGAGGUCUUCUAGUGGCCGUUAGCUGUAAAAAUCCAUAGAUUAGCCGCACCGUUAUAUAAGCCGCAGGGUCGAAAAAUGGGAAAAAAGGCGCGGCUUAUAGUCUGAAAAUUAUGGUAGUGUUGAUGCGUUUGGUAAACUAGAAAUAGUACAGGUUCAAGAAUCGAUCCCUGUGGAACACCACAUUUGAUCUGAAGGGUUAACUCCUUGACAGAUUGCAUUCUAACCUUUUAGAUAGCUGGACAACCACAGCAAAGACUAAUAAGUCACGUCCAUCCUUGGGGAAAGGAUGUCAUUUUGGGUAAACUAUCCCUGAAACAGCUUCAUAAUGUUAAACAAUUAUGUCAUACAAGUGAUCUGUACAUUUAGCUAUCCUACGACCACAACUUUCCAAAUUGAUUUCUUCCUUUUCUUUCGCUGCCUUUCCAUGACACUUUCAGUUCUAUUUGUGCACCAUCUCUUCCAUCAGUCUUUGGUUUCUUGAAUGUUUGAGUAAUGAAAUGAAUGGCUUUUCCUUCCUCCCCCUCACCAUUGUGUUAGAGUUAAGUUCACGCUUUGCUUUCUCUAUUAGGCUACAUAUCCUCCCUCACAUGCCCCUCUCAAUGUUUAGCCUUAGGUUUCAAGAUAAAGACACAAGCUUGCCUUCACUCAAAUUCUUUAGCAGUAGGCCUCUGUAGGAUUACCACACAAUAUCGGUAGCACACGAUAGGUGGAGAGACAGAGAGAGAGAGAGAGAGAAAGGAAAGGGGGACUGUGCCUGCUGUCUGUUUGCGUACUGUGUUUCGCAACUCAGACACAGCAACAACAAAAAAGUGCACACUGUCAAUCCAACUGCGCUAAACUUGAUUUGGGGUGAUUUGAUUUAAUUAUGAUUUGAUCUCCGGAUCAUUCGCCGCUGAUUUGAUACGUUAUAAAUCUCUCUCUCUUUUUUUCUCUCUCUCCAUCUCCCCAUCCCCUUGUUAGAAACCACACUGAGGGCAAACCGCACAAGUGUCCCCACUGCUCCAAAUCGUUCGCCAACUCCAGCUACCUGGCCCAGCAUAUCCGCAUCCACAGCGGGGCCAAGCCCUACACCUGCUCCUUCUGCCAGAAAACAUUCAGGCAGCUCAGUCACUUACAGCAGCACCACAGGUAAACACUACUAAACAGGGACAGUGGGCAGUCACGUCAGCACACACCCUCUCUGCAGUCACGUCAGCACACACCCUCUCUGCAGUCACGUCAGCACACACCCUCUCUGCAGUCUCGUCAGCACACACCCUCUCUGCAGUCACGUCAGCACACACCCUCUCUGCAGUCACGUCAGCACACACCCUCUCUGCAGUCACGUCAGCACACACCCUCUCUGCAGUCACGUCAGCACACACCCUCUCUGCAGUCACGUCAUCACACACCCUCUCUGCAGUCACAUCAGCACACACCCUCUCUGCAGUCACGUCAGCACACACCCUCUCUGCAGUCACCUACUCCUUUCACUCAUUGUCUCUCACAUCCUCUUAUCUUCUUGCUCAAUUUCAAAACGACCCUAAUCCCCACAGACUUCUUUAAUUAAAAGUCUCAUUAAAGUUGGCUACAUUUUCUGGUGCGUCCCUCAUGUCAGCAUCGGUUUGGACAUGAGGCUGUAGAUAAUUUUAGGCUUUUUAUUUUUGUAGCCUACAUGAAAAAUAGAUAUGAAUAUUAUUCCAAUGUUGGCCUCUCCCAUCCAAUUCUAAUCAGAGCAAUUGUUUGAUAUUGGGAUUUUUUUUAUUUUUUUUGUCCAUUCGGACAGUUUAAAUAUAUAUUCUUCUUGUCCGAAUUUUUUUUAACAACCUUUCCCGGACAAGGGGACAAGCGUUAAUGUCGAGCCCUGUUUUUGCUCAUUCAAUCAUAGAUCUGAAAGGACUGGUUGGAUGUACCAGGAAGCAAUAUGGUGGAAACUCUAUCUAUGAAGGGCCAUCAAGAAAUCUCUAUGGAUAGUUUGUUUGAUUUGGGAUUGGAUGUCUCUCUUUCCAUCGUUCCUGUCAGUUCCUUGGAGUGAGUGACACUGUAAUGAAAGUAGUCAGUCUACUGGGGUUUGUGGGAGCUGUAGUUCAUUACAGACUGUGUUUCACUUCCAUAGGAUCCACACCGGGGACCGACCUUACAAGUGUAUCCAUCCUGGCUGCGAGAAAGCAUUUACUCAGCUUUCCAAUUUACAGGUAGGCCUACUACAUCUCAACAUCCAAUAGAUCUCAAUUUCAUCUCAAUUUCUAUUUAUUUGAUUGUAAGUUUCACAUAGCAAAACUUCACUUAGCUCUAAAUGAAUGACGUCAGUUAAUAACAGAAGCGUAAUGAUAUGAUAACGUCAUAGUCACAGUAAUCAUAAUGUAUUAACUCUUUCAUUGCUUCCCCCAGUCUCACCGCCGGCAGCACAACAAAGAUAAGCCGUACAAGUGCCACAACUGUAACCGCGGUUACACAGACGCGGCCAGUCUGGAGGUGCACCUGUCCACUCACACGGUCAAACACGCCAAGCUCUACUCCUGUGGCCUGUGCAACCGCGCUUACACCUCGGUACGCCUGCCAGUCACCCUAAAACUCCUCCUUCUACCCUCCUCCUCAACGCCCCACCCCUUUAAAAGUGUCACACCCACUUUUGCUUUCUAGAUGCAAGGCCUCAACUUGUGAGAGGGGCCUUUUGCACGAAAGUGAUGUUCAGCAAUGUCAUCAUUUAGGGGAGGGGCUAGAGCAUUGUGAGGGUGGAGACUAAUUAAUUGUAUGUACUUCUUUCAGUAACUGCAGUAUUAGAUUACUUGAAGGACUACUUCAGGUACUGUAAGUUGGUUGGUAGUGAAAACAGUUGAACAACCAGUAGAAGAGUAGAUUAACAUGUACAAGUAGUAGUCUGGCUUGAUGGUAACCGAUAUGGUUGUAUAGGACAGUAGAGGUAGGCUUUGGCUAUGUAGUUAAAAACACCCCCCCCUAUUUCCUCCCAGUCAUUUGCAUAGAUGACAUAUUACUGAGUUUGUAUGUAGGUGCUGCCAAGCCCUUGCGUUUUGUUCCCUAGACCCACUGCAUGGUAAGUGUUCACUGCACUGUCUACCUCACUCACCCUCUUUCUCUCCUCUCCUCUCCUCCAGGAGACCUACCUGAUGAAACACAUGCGGAAGCACAACCCGGACCCCCUCACGGUGGCGGCUGCCGUCGCCGCCCAGCAGGCUCAGGGUCACACUCAUGGAGGAGGGGGCAGGGGGAGGGGCCGUGGCAGAGGAGGCGGGGCAAACACAGGAGGAGGCGGUCCCGGAGGGGCGAGUCAGAACCAGGGUCAGAACCAGCCCCAGAACCCUCAGCAAGGCAGCUACCCGCAGACGGAGGGCGUGCCGUGCCCUUUCGACCUUCACCAGUACAAGACAGUGUCGGCCGGCGAGAUCCAGUACAAGCCAGUCAGCGUCGCCGACCUGUCGGCCCAUAAGGACCUCUGCCUCACCGUGUCCACCUCAGCCAUCCAGGUGGAGCACAUGAACUCAUAG